AUGUUUCUAUUAAUACUUGGUGUAUGUAUAUGUACAAUUAUUAUAAUCGGCUGGAAAAUAAUUCUAUCAUCACCAAAAAACGAUCAACAACAAGAAAUAUCUUACAACGUUGAACAGUCAGAAAAUUUAUUAAUACCAAUUGACGAUGAAUUACAAUCAUCAUUAACAAAUAUAAACUGUGAUACGAACGAUAGUAAUACUGUUCGAAGUACAUUAGAAUUUUUACCAGAUGAAAUUCUACUUGAUGUUAUUGGCUAUUUAAAACCAUACGAUAUUUAUUAUACUUUACACAAUCUCAAUAAUCGUUUCAAUUCAAUAAUCAAUGAUUUUCAACUUAAUUUUCAUUUAAAUAUAUCACAUAUAUCAAAAUCUGAAUAUGAUUAUUGUCUUUCAUCGAUUUUACCAUUACCAUCUGUUUUAUUACGUCUUCAUUCAUUACAUAUAUCAAAUGAUGAAACAUACGGUGCAAUAGCACUUUUUAUUCGUCAAUAUCCAACUUUGACAAUUCCAUCACUUCGUUCACUUACACUUAUUGAUGCUACAACAUCUCAGAUAAAAUUUUUUCUUGUCAGAUUAUCUCAGCAACUUGAAAAUCUUUCAAUAGUAACAAAUCGAACAAUUGAUAUGAAUGAUAAACGAUUUAUAUGUCAAUAUAUCUUAAAACAUAAAUAUCUUCGUUCAUGUCGUUUAUCAUUAUGUGAUGGUGUUGAUUGUGAUGAAACAAUAUUAAGUAAUUCAAUAAAUAAUCAAUUAGAAAAUAUAAUUAUUGAUUUAUCAUAUUUUCAAAAUAUUCUUACACUCUUAUCUUAUAUAUCUAAUGUAAAACGUUUAACAAUAAAUCUUAAUCAACAAAAAUAUUAUAAUCAAGAUUAUGAUGCAGCUGCAUUUGAUAUUGUUCGUUUAUGUAUACCAACACAAUUAAGUUAUUUUAAUUUAAAUUUACGUUUUUCAAAUGUGGAAUUUGAACAUAUUGAACAAUUAUUAAAUUGUUUAGUUAAUUUAAAACAUCUUUGCUGUUCAUCAUUUCGUGCUGAACUUGUUGAUGGUUAUCGAUGGGAACGCGUACUUGAACGUCUUCCAUUAUUACGUCGUUUUCAAUGUGUUAUGACAACAUAUAUAUAUCAUUCACUUGAUUUAAAUUUAAUUUCUCAAUCAUUUCAAACAUCAUUUUGGAAAGAUAAAAAUUGGACAGUAAUUUGUGAUUAUUUUCAAUGUCUUUCUCGAUUAACUAUUUAUACAAUACCAUUUUAUAAAAAUUUGUUUAUUUCAACAUUAAAUGGAUCACAAUCAUUGGAUGAUAAAAAUAUUUUAUUAGACAAUGCUUUUAAUAAAGUUACUCAUCUUAAAGUGUCAGUUCAAGGAUUAUAUUCAGAUAACACACCAGUUCGUAAAUUUGGUUUUGUUACAUCAUUAUCAUUAUGCGAUGGUGAAUCUUAUAGUGAUCAUUCUAAUAGUUCACUUGUUUCUUAUUUAACAUCAACUAUUGAUUUAACAAAAAUUCGUCAUUUAAAACUUUAUUCUUUAUUAUCUGGUCAUACAUUGUUUUCACUUUUAUGUAAAGCACCAAAUAUAAAUUGUUUAAGUUCAUCAUAUCAUAAUCUUUUACAAAUGAUUAAUGAUUUUGGUGAUGUUUGGUUAUGUUGGUUAUUAAAUAUGAUGAUUAAAAAGUUAACAUUAUCAUAUGGUCGUUUAACAUUAUCAAUUGUUGAUCAAUUUAUUGAACUUUUUUCAAAUAUUGAACAUUUAUCAUUAUGUAUGAAUAUGGAUGAUGUGGAUUUUCAAGAGAUUCUUUUAAAACUUAUACAAAAUUUUAAACAUCUCUCAUCAAUACGUAUUAGAUUAGCUGGAAAAUUAACAGAUCAAUUUCAGAUUCAAACACUUACAUGGCUUUCAAAUAAUCAGCAAUUACAUUCAGAAUUUAAUGAUAAUUUUCUGGAUAUAUGGAUUACAUAA